AGUUGCGGACCAGCUUCAAGUGAACGUUCUCUUCUACUCUUAUACCCAAAAAGAAAUUUAAUCAAAGUCUCUGACUCGGAUAAUCCAUGUGUACGUGUGCGCCUGGCUUGUUACAGUGUGAACAAACGUUGGAAAUUUUGGUGUUGGGAAACAGAAUUUGAACUCGACCAACGAAAGAAGAAAAAAAACGAAAUUGAUUUGCUGAUUAACUCUCAACAAAUGGUGCUCUCGGUGAUUUUACACGCGGGUGCCGUCCCUCUCUCAUUGGAAGAUCAAGUCCAUCACUAUCCGUCAUCAUCAACGACCUACCAAUCAUCAACCAUCUUCCAAUCGUCGUCACCUGCCAGUCCCGAAUACGUGCAACAUCUGGAGGAAUUGGUUGGCGAAUUAAGUGGAGUGUUUGCCACUUUUAUUCACCAGAACCCGCCACCCUCGUCGCCCACCUCCCUAGCAGACAUGUAUCACCAACGGACCAACACCUGUAGAUCCUCUCCAUCAGGUUGUUUACCAGACGUGAUUCCGAAAGUCAAUUCUUCGGACAAGAGGAACUACUUGGCGUCUCCGUCGAGUGAAGAUCUGCGGAUGCGGCGCGGAAUGGCGCCGAUGCGCUUCCGGCUGGACAGCGUCGGCUCUUCGGUGCCGUCUGCCACGUCGUCGGCCGUGUCGACGCCUACCAGCGCCACAUCAUCUUUUUUCUCGUCUUCAGCAGCGACAUCACCUAUGGCCUUUGAUCUCCUGCCCAGCCCAUCGACCACGUCGUCGACUGUCAGUUUCUUCGCCGAUUACUCGCCGCUUUCAUCCGACAUUUCCGAUCACCGGACCGCCGCUGAUCUCGACACGUCGCUACCAGUCGACGCGACGGACGCUGCCGAUGCCUCGGCCGCCGAUUGGCGUCAAGUUGGUCGUGACCUGCGCGGCAUUGCCGACCAUUUCGCGUCCACCCGCAGAGCUCAGAACUCUGCGACUGGAUGUCAGCAAUGGCCUUUGCUUUCUGCAGUCCUGUCUAGCAGCCCCUUGGUCUCUGCUGCCGGACCCCUGGUGUCUGCCCUGGCCGUCUACCUUUGGUGGAAGCUGGUCAGACGUCUGACAGCGUGAAUAGUCCAGUGGCAGCGUCGUCGUCGAUUUGAUUUUCCAGCCACCGUUUGCGGCUCGACACGCUGCCGUGUAUUAUCGCUACCGUCUAGCACCAAUGUCUUUCACGUCAAAAGGCGCAAAAGAAGACGAAAAAGAUGGAAAUUGUGGAGAGACACACCCUCCCCGCCCCCUAUGCCUACUCCUCCUACCCUUGAUUUAUCUGUCGUUUCUCCUAUUUUUGCUAGUGACUUGUUUGUUUGAUUCAUUUCUCUUUAUCCGCCUCGGCCUGCCACCUACAGAAGUUCAAGUCUUGAGUUUAUAAUUUUCCCCACUUUUUCGACUGAUUUAUUAUUUUUUUUCUAGUUCACUAUCACCACUACUACUUUAACCAUCUUUACAGCGUGUAUUAAAUCAACUUUCUCUUUGUUUCCUUCCAUGUUUGUUUUCCUUCUUUUUUCCUCCCAUCCGUAACAGUUUUCGCGCGGAGUUUACGCAUCGACUCCCUUCGGCUUUUUCACAUCUGAUCUCACAGAAUAAUUUCUCGAUUGAGAACGAAGAAGCUAUUAUAGAAUAUGUAAAACACUUACUUUAGUGGCAAAAACAAAAAAAUAAGUAAAAAUGUUUCCAAACCAGAAAUCAAUUUUGCAAUUUAGUUUAUAUAUUAUCCCCCCUCCCAUUUUUUUCUUUUUGUUUUUCUAGUCUUUUGAGUUUUUUUUUGCUUGUAUUAAUUAUAUAACCUUACGCUCUCAAAACAUCUUUAUAUUCCUUUUUUUUUUUCGUCCGAGUGGGUGCUAUUUGUUUCGACAAAUCUCAAAUGAUUUGACCCCACCCUCGUUUCAAUUCGGUUUGUCUUAUUCUGUGUUUUUGAUAUCUAUUGAGAUUGAUCUCUUGACCUCUAAUCAAAAAAGGAAAAACGGACAAUACGACCGAGGUGUUUGUGUGUGUUAUGAACCGUUGUUGGGUUUUUUCUUUCAAAAAAUGAUUCUUUUUUCGAAGAGGUUGUGCGUGUGCGAGUGUUUCUCUCUUGUCUACCCGAUUGCGUGUCUCAUCUUCCUUUCUCUUUCCUCUCUCUCUCUUGUUUAUUCGUGUACAUUUUCGUUUUUUUUUUUUUAAAUCGCUCAUCGUGUGUGUGUGUGUGUGUGCCGAAACUGUUUUGCCACUCUAUCCAUUUUCAAACCAAAAUCUCGCCCCUUCAACUCGUUUUUGUUCAAAAUUUGACCGACGGACUUUGUUUCAUUCCGUCGCUGUUUUGUCUUUGACGAGUUGUUGAGGAGCGGCGUUUCAACAGGCUACCCGCCGGUCUUUCGUACAUGGACAGAGUGUGAGAUAAAAUAGGGACAAAACCAAAACAAGUCGAUUGAAUCGACGAUCUACAUUUUUUUCGUUUUGUCACAUUUUCAAGUUUCCCACCUGCCUCUAAUUAGAUCUAUUUUUUCUUUCUUUUUUUUCAUUUGUGUGUCGAUUUAUUUUGAACAGUAUAACUUUAUAUCAUUGUAUAACGUUUGUUUUUUUCCCAAUAUGCAAAAAAGAGAGCAAAUUAAUUAUGUCGACUUAGCGAUUGGCCCCGCGGCCGUCGUUGUUUGUACAAAAUACAAACGUAAAUGAGAACAAAAAUUUUGAAUGAUC